AUCUCUGCGGAUUAUUUCUGAAUUAUUUGCACUGUUUCGAAUUUUUACUAAAGGAGCCUCAGUACUUGCUGGCCUCGAGGAAACUUUAAUGGCUUUGUUUUCCACGAGCCAAAAGUUAGCAUCGCUCCAAAGCUAGUUAUUGUUUGUACAUUUCUCUUUGGCUUCUUUCUCUCAGUUUCUAGCUCUGUCCUUCUGUCCCCUCCAUCUCUCUCUUCCACCGUUCGAAGGACUUCUGCAGCUAGUGGAAGAGAAGAGAAGGGUGCGGGAUGAGCAGCACCGUCUGAAGUCUGCCCUUUUCUUCCAAGACCCUUUUGAUCUCUCCUCUUCGUCUCUGAGAGGGCAAUGGCUGAAGAAAUCUGUUGCUUUAACAAGGAUACUCUCAUACUAAAGCCUCCAAAGAAAUCUCCAUUGUUAUCAAGGAUGGUAAUCUUAGUUUUUGCAGUGGUCUUUGGCGUUUAUAUCUACACAAUCUGUCUAAAGCGGAUAAGCACCCACACCAAGACUAAAUUUCUGAACAUCCAAGUCAUUGAAAGGCCUUGCCGGGAGAAUGGCAUUGAGCUAUCUGAAAUUCCUUACAUGCAUUACCCAAAACCUGAAACUUUUAGCAGGGCAGAGUGUGAAGGUAAUCCUGUACAAUUCUUUGCCAUCUUGUCGAUGCAGAGAUCAGGAAGCGGGUGGUUCGAGACCCUAUUAAAUAGUCAUGCUAAUGUAAGCUCCAAUGGAGAGAUAUUCUCUGUAAAGGAUAGGAGGAUAAAUAUUUCUUCAAUUGUACAGACUCUAGAUAAAGUUUACAAUUUGGAUUGGUUCACCAGUGCUUCCAAAAAUCAAUGCUCUGCAGCAGUGGGCUUCAAGUGGAUGCUUAAUCAGGGAUUGAUGGAACACCGUAAAGAAAUUGCUGAAUACUUCAAUCGCAAGGGUGUUUCUGCAAUAUUUCUUCUCCGAAGAAAUUUAUUGCGCCGGAUGGUUUCAGUGCUUGCCAAUUCCUAUGACAGAUAUGCUAAGCUAUUGAAUGGAACUCACAAGUCACAUGUACAUACACAUGAAGAGGCCCAUAUACUAUCAAAGUACAAGCCCUUUAUAAACUCCACCUCGUUGAUUGCUGAGCUGAAGGAUAUGGAGGUGACGAGAGCCAAAGUUCUAGAAUCCUUCAAUCACACUCGGCACAUCAUUCUGUACUAUGAGGAUCUUAUCAUGAACCGCAUUAAACUAGAAGAUGUUCAAGACUUUCUAAAGCUUCCUCACAUGAAAUUGACAAGCCGUCAAAUUAAAAUACACAAAGGGCCAUUGUCAGAUCACAUCAACAACUGGGAGGAGAUUAACAAGACACUUACUGGAACAGCUUAUGAGAGUUUUCUACGUUCCGAAUAUUAAACCAAGCCCACCGCUAACUCUUGGACUGGUGUAUAUACCAAUUUUAACUUAUUCUUGGAACAGGAAGCUGACAGCAUACAGGCCCUGGUUGAAGAGUUUUGGUAACAACAGCACCUUGGCUUUUGUAUGCUUAUUUCAUCCCAAAACCUCAAUCAAGAAUCCGAUGAGGAGCCUUUAGUUUUUCUUUUUAACUUCAUAUUAGUCGGAUAGACAUCCUGUAACAUGGAACUGUUACCUUUUAAAGCCAAAUAGCUAUGGAUCUUAUGGGUUAUGUUGCGUAGUCUACUGUCAUUACAUGAUAGUCACAAAACAAUGUUUUGGUUU